AUGGAGCUUACAUCAAGUGAAAACCGUUCAAAAUUAAAAUAUCCAGAAUACGCUUAUUGGAUUGAAAAACAAUCGCAACUGUCAUAUAUUAAUAAACACAAUUCUCACACGACGUUAGGUGAUGAGCUGAGAAACUUAAAACAAAUAUUUACAAGUUCACAUUCUGCUUAUAAUGAAAUCGAUAAAUUGCUGAAAGGGUUACAGGGGCCAAGUGUUAAUGAGGAGAGUCGAGUAUCCGUAGCUUAUUGUGGACUUCCUUCCCAUCUUAACGUUUCUAAAAUG